AUGGAGUUCACGAGCCCAUAUGAUGAUUAUCAGAGGGCUUUAGAUUAUGACUUCCACACCGAGCUCGCCCCCGGUAUCUGGGCGAUAUGCAAGAAACUUGAUAGGACCGCACUUUUGGCUCAUGAUAUCACUGAUAUGUUGGCUACGACGGACUUUGAACCGGACUUGUACGAUGACACAGAUUCAGACUCGGAUUCGAAUAGUACUCUGAAGAAUGGGGUAGGUUUCCUAUUAGGCCCGGAUGGGGCCAAUUUGCUCCAAGAAGUCAAGGCUAUCAUAAACCACGAGAACCUAAUAUGCUUGCGGGACUGGUUCUCUAUUGCAAUGCAGAAGCCCAAAUCGAGAGACUACGAAAAACGAACCUUUAUCGUCUGGGAUAAUUGCGACGCCGGAACCUUGGAGAACCUUUUGGUCGAAGAAUAUGAAAAAUACAAACCAGACCAAGAGGCCGAUGACAGCACAUCGGAGGACGACGAUGUCGAAGAUGAGGCAUCCGACACCGAUGCUAAAAUGGCCGAUGUCGAUGUCGAUGCCCAUAAAACGAAAAAGCUAAAGAAGUUCUUACCAGAAUCCCUAUGCUGGCAUGUGCUUACUUCAGUCUUGAAGGCCCUGGCGUGGUUACAUGAUGGUAGUCCAGAACUCAUCCGUAUAGGUCCCAAUAAAUACGGUAUGGAUCCCACUCCGGAUUGGAAUCCUGCUCUACACCGGGAUAUCACUCCCGCCAAUAUACAAUUCCAACAGCCUAGACGCAAAGAGACAUACGGGCAGUGCAAGCUAGGCAACUAUAGUAGUAUAUACUUAUCGAGUCACCAUAACGGAGACGGCAAGUCCAGUGUCGAACGGAUCAGGGGCAAGGCCUUGGUUCCACGAAAGGGGGGUGUCAACGCAUCAUUAGAUGCCCUCAUCCAGAGAGAUAAUCAAUAUGGCUAUACUUAUAAGGAACAGCCGGAUCAGCCUUACACCGUAAUCAGCGAGUGGAGGGCAUUUGGCGAGAUCUUGCUGGGGAUGAUGAUACCUCCCUCAGGAACAAAAACAAAUGUGAAUGAUCACAUCGAAAAUGUAACCAAGCACGGAGUAAGGUAUAAUCUCGAAGGCGUGGAUUACUCGGUUGGGUUAAAGAACGUGAUAAUCAGGAUGAUGACGCUCAACCCAGACGAGAAGUCAGCGGAUGGCACAUACCUUUUCCCAAACCGAGAUACCCUAACCUCCCACCUAUGCGUCGAAGCCUUCGAGAGGUUCAGACGGUGGAGGAUUAGCACUGACGAGGGCCAAGAGCUGGUCACCGUCGAGGCUCAGCGGACCCAGCAAGCUUCAGAAGACGCAAUAGCGAAGAACGAGAUAUGGAACGCAACCGUGGAAAUGAACCGGAUCGUGGAUAAACUGCAAAUGGAAAAGGGCCCCUGGCGUUUCGACGACCAUGAGGAUACUGAACUUGAAGAGCUCCAAGUACCGGCCUUUACCCACCAGGACUUGGCGAAUGACGAUGACGAGAGACCGUAUCCUCUUAGCGAUAUCCCGCCCGAUGACAAUUGGGACUUUGAUCCGUAG